AUGGAUGGGCUGACACUGGAAAUUAAAAACAAGGUGUCUGUUCCAAACAAAAGAUUGCCCGCAGAAGAGUACGCAGACGCGAACCUGAUCUCCAACACUAAGGCGAGGGCAGAGCUGCGAGGUGGGAGGAGUGGAGCUGGACACUCAAUCGCUUGCAACCCAUCGACAGAUCCAGGCGACGAAAAACCCUUCUUCGGAUCUUUCCCUUCUCAAGGACAGACUUUGGAUGGGUGUGAUUCAGCAUCUCGGUACACCCCAAAAACCGGCUCACGAGACCCAGAAGGAAAUGGAUCCCGUGUUGUCUUGCUUGGGUCUACUGAGAAGUUCUGGAGAAGAACGAGGAACGACACCGUCCUGCAAGGAGAAACCACCAGAUGUGCUGGAGAACAUCCACUUUGCCGGGAGUUCUCCUACAAAGAAGCCGAGGCACCUCGAGAACUUUGUACUCGGUUAUACCGUCUUUAUCGUCAAUGGCUGAAACCAGAAAAACACACAAAAACUCAGAUGUUGGACUUGGUGGUCCUGGAGCAGUUCCUGGCUAUCCUGCCCCCAAAGAUGGAGAACUGGGUGCGAGAGUGUGGAGCAGAGACCAGCUCCCAGGCAGUGGCCCUCGCAGAAGGUUUUCUCCUGAGCCAGGAAGAGGAGAAGAAGCAGGGAGAGAUGCAGGUUCAGGAUCUCUUCAUGGAAGUGGAUGCUCAAAACCCGCAAGCACACAGAGACAUGUCAUCUCUCUCUCAGGAACUGGCCUUCGGAGGGAUCUCCCAAGAAGAUCCAGCUCAGAUCACAUUUGAAAGGAAUGGAGCAACCCUGAGGUUUCCUGCAGAAACACCUUUGCUUUGUGGUGGAACUGAAACGGCUGUUGUCAUUCCAACUCAGAAUCAUAUGUUAUUUGAAGAUAUAGCCAUAUUUUUUUCUGAAGAGGAGUGGGCCCUGCUGAAUCCUGACCAGAAAUUGCUGUACAGGGAGAUCACGUUGGAAAAUGCAAGGAACGUGACCUGCAUAGGCGAAGGGUGGGAGAACGAGGACUCUAAGAAGGAGAUGAUAGAGCACUUGCCAACAGUCAACAAUGAAAUUGGAGAAAGGAUGUUCCAAUGUCAACAGGGAAUCCAAAGUCCUGAGGAAAACCAGCUAAAUGGGAAGCCAGAGAAAGCCCUCGCUUUUCAUCGUGCAGAUAACAAUGCGCUCCUGGCUGAAAAAAAUCACCAAGAAACCGGAGUGUGUCCAGGGUGUGGAAAAAUAUUGAAGGAGGAAUCAGGAUUGUGUGGAUAUUGCAGAACGCACCCUGUCAAUGCACAACAUGAAAAUAGCGAAUGGGCCUUUCCUCUUACUUUAUAUCAAAAUAUAUCGCUUGGGGAGAAAUUCUAUAAAUAUGUGGAAUGUGAAGAGAGCUUCAGCCAGAGUAGCCAUCUCAGUAGCCAUCAAAAGAGUCAUGUCCGGGAGAAUCCAUAUCAAUGCAUGGAUUGUGGGAAGAGCUUCCAUCAGAAAAGUCACCUUAUGACCCAUGAAAGGAUCCACCGAGGAGAGAAACCACAUCCAUGUUUGGAGUGUGGAAAGAGCUUCAUUAAGAGAAAUUACCUGACUUCCCACAUGAGAAUCCACAGUGGGGAGAAACCCUAUCAAUGUACGGAAUGUGGGAAGGGCUUCUGUCGGAAAAGUCGCCUUGCUUCCCAUAAGAGGAUCCACACAGGGGAGAAGCCGUAUCAAUGCCUGGAGUGCGGAAAGAGCUUCAGUGAUGCAGGUUACCUCACUUCCCAUAAAAGGAUCCACACUGCAGAGAAGCCAUAUCAAUGUCUGGAAUGUGGGAAGAGUUUUAGCAUAAGCAGUUCCCUUACAUCCCAUAAAAGGACCCACACGGGGGAGAAGCCAUACAAAUGUAUGGAAUGUGGAAAGAGCUUCACUGUAAGCAGUUCCCUUAGUUCUCAUAAAAGGAUCCACACGGGGGAGAAACCGUACAACUGUAUAGAAUGUGGAAAGAGCUUUAGAAAGAGUUGUUCUGUGACUUCCCACAGAAGGAUCCACACGGGAGAAACCAUAUGAGUUCACGAACUGUGAACAGAACUUCAGAGACCCCUGUUCUUAAGUUAAGAUCCUCGUGCAGAAAUGUUAGAAUUCUAUAUUGGCCAAGUGUGAUUGGACACAAAAGGAAUUUGUUUUUUUUUUCACAGAAGGAAAUAUCAUGGGCUAAAAUGAACUGGUACAGAUGAAGGAAGGAAAACGAGGAAUUAUUGCCCUGUAUCCCUCUAUCAGGGAGAUGGGCGGUUAAGAAAUUGGAUGGAUGGAUGGAUGAUAGAUAUAUUUUUUUCAUUUUAUAAGAUUUAAGAUGAUAACAUGGUGGAUGAAAUCAACUGAAGGCUCUUGGAAGAGUUACAGCUAAUUGAGUCUCAUUUGUACCUCAAUAAUUGUCUGGUUUGGCACGGCAACUAAAUAGAACAGGUACAGACUUCAACAGAUAGUUAGGACUGCAAGAAAAAACAAUCACAACCAGCCUGCCUUCUACUGAGGAUAUACUGCAUGAACCAGAAAGAGGGCUGAGAAAAUACCUAUAGACUCCUCACAUCCUGGACAUGAUCAAUUUCAUCUUCCCGCCCCUCAGGACGCUGCUAUAGGGCAUCGCAUACCAAAACAACCAGACAGAAAGAUAGUUUUCUCCCUCCUCCCCUAUGCCAUUACACUUCAUUCCCCACAGCACUGUCUUAUUUUCUCAUUUUUCUCAUCUUUCCAAUUAUCUUCUCCUAUUGGUUUCUUAUGAUUUAUCAAUUGUUUGUAACAUGAUUAAUGAUUGUAACUAUGAUUUGUGAUCUAUGACCUAUUCAUUGCUUUUUAUAUGUAUACUGUGAGCUUAUGCAUCAGAGACUGUUCUGUUCUGUUCUAGUCCUACUCUACUCUAUUCCCAUUCCCAUUAUCCCAUCCCAGGGGUUGGCAACCUUAAACACUCAAAAAAGCCACAAAGGUCCUAACCAGAAGCCCUCCAUUCAAUUCUGGAGCAAACUGGAAGUCUGGUUCCCCCAUAGAAUCUCCUCCUAGUGCGGCAUCCUUUUUCCUCUGCCAACUGGAAGUCUGGUUCCCCCACCGUAGAGUCUCUUCCUAGCACGGUGUCCUUUUUCUUCUGCCUUUCCUAACAGAAAGCCCUAUCAAUUGUGGAACCAAUCGGAAAACCUGCCCCUUGCCAUAGAGUCUCCUCCUGACACCCCGUGCUUUUCCCUCCCUAACCGGAAGCUCCUCAAAAUUGUGUUGCCAACCAGCAACAGAGCCGCAGAGAAAGAGCCACAUGCGGCUCCAGAGCCAUGUGUUGCUGACCCCUGUCCUGUCCUUGUCCUUGUCCUUGUCCUUGUCUUGUCCUGUCCUGUCUUGUCCUGUCCUAUCCUAUCCUAUCCUAUCCUAUCCUAGACAAAUAUCUAUAAACCUGUUGAUCACCAGAGGAAGUAGAUGUAGGGAAUAAGAUGGCAGACAGGAUCAAAAUUACUGUAAGCUCUUGGAAUGCUAUAGAUUAUUUGAGACAAGUACCUAUAAAUCUUAUCACUAGGGACAGUAGAUGGAGGGACAGUUAUUAGGCUUGGCACUUUAGUCUUUCCUUGUGUAGAAAUACUGAAUUUGCAUAUCUCUAUAUACCAGGUCUGAUUUUCUUAAUUCCGACGUCACUUACACAGUAACCGGGUUGGAAGGGACUUUGAAGUCUUCUAAUCCAACCUGCUCAAACAGGAGACUUCCAAUUCUCAAUUCUUUCUCUUUCAUUGCUUCCUUCUGGGUCACUUGAUCUCUCUCCAGUAACAGUAUUUAAUUUGCAUUUGUUUAUAUAUUGGAUCUCCUGUUUAUAAUUUAUUUAAAACUUAUGGUUGCAAAAAUGUAUAUACUAUCUCCUGAUUAUUAAAGAACUAUUGAGGUUCGACAGCA